UUCCUUUCCCCUCCUCGUCUAUAAAACAACGCGUCCAAAACCCUCGCUUUUCCAUCGAAGCCACUCUAACAAACCCCCCGAAUUAUGUUUACAUAUUCACUCUCAACCUAACCCCUUCACCCUUUCCCUUUGUUUUCUCAUCCCAUUUCUCUAUCUUCAUGGACGUUCGCCGGCGACCCCCACUACCUCCCCGCGCCUUCGUCGGCGAACCCAUGAAGCAGCACCAGAGAAAUCACCCCAAGGCGUCCGACGCGCUGCCGUUGCCGUUGUACUUGACCAACGGCUUGUUCUUCACGCUCUUCUUCUCCGUCGCUUACUUCCUCCUCCACCGCUGGCGCGAGAAGAUCCGCACCUCCAUUCCCCUCCACGUCGUCACGCUCUCCGAGAUCGCCGCCCUCUUCUCCCUCUUCGCCUCCGUCAUCUACCUCCUCGGCUUCUUCGGCAUUGACUUCGUCCAGUCCUUCGUCGCCCCCCGCGCUCCCCACGACCCCUGGAACGACGUUGGAAAGGCGCGGCGGCCCCGAAACGAUGUCGUAAGGACGCCACGCGUCAGAAACGACGUCGUAAAGGGGUCGCAGUUAGUGCCGCAGUGCGAGAACCAGCGCUGCGGCACUAACUCUCCUCCUCUUUCUGUUUCGGUACGGCCCGAGCAGGAGGACGAGGAGAUAAUUAAUUCCGUAGUGUCCGGAGCGACGCCGUCGCACACUCUGGAGUCGAAUCUCGGGGACUGCCGGAGAGCCGCCGCCAUACGGCGGGAGGCCCUGCAGCGAAGGACGAGUCGUUCGCUGGAGGGACUCCCCUUGGAAGGCUUCGAUUACGACUCUAUACUCGGACAGUGCUGCGAGAUGCCGAUUGGGUAUGUGCAGAUUCCGGUGGGAGUCGCCGGACCUCUGCUGCUCGACGGCGAGGAGCUCACUAUCCCAAUGGCGACCACCGAGGGCUGCCUCGUCGCCAGCACCAACCGAGGCUGCAAGGCCAUUUACGCUUCCGGUGGGGCCCACAGCGUCAUUCUCAAGGACGGCAUGACCAGAGCUCCGGUCGUGAGGUUCAACUCCGCCUUCAGAGCGGCCGAGCUCAAGUUCUUCCUGGAGGACCCGGAAAACUUCGAUUCUGUUGCCAUCGUUUUCAACAGAUCUAGUAGAUUUGCAAAGCUUCAGGACAUUAAAUGCGCGGUUGCAGGCAAGAAUCUGUUCAUGAGGUUUACAUGCAGCACCGGAGAUGCGAUGGGGAUGAACAUGGUCUCCAAAGGGGUCCAAAAUGUGUUGGAUUUUCUCCAGAGUGACUUCCCCGACAUGGAUGUUAUCGGCAUCUCCGGGAAUUUCUGCUCAGACAAGAAACCGGCAGCGGUGAAUUGGAUAGAAGGGCGAGGCAAAUCAGUAGUGUGCGAGACUGUGAUCAAUGAAGAAGUGGUGAGGAAGGUACUGAAGACCAAUGUAGCUGCCUUGGUGGAGCUCAACAUGCUUAAAAACCUUACCGGGUCUGCAAUGGCCGGUGCUCUUGGUGGGUUCAAUGCCCACGCCAGCAACAUUGUCAGCGCAGUGUACAUAGCUACCGGCCAGGACCCUGCUCAGAAUGUGGAGAGCUCUCACUGCAUUACCAUGAUGGAGGCCAUAAACGAUGGAAAGGACCUACAUGUCUCAGUCACCAUGCCUUCCAUUGAGGUGGGAACAGUUGGAGGUGGAACACAACUAGCAUCGCAGUCAGCCUGCCUGAACUUACUGGGAGUUAAGGGUGCCAGCAAGGACUCUCCUGGUUCAAACUCAAGGAAACUAGCCACCAUUGUUGCAGGUUCUGUUCUAGCAGGAGAGCUCUCUCUCAUGUCAGCCCUUGCAGCAGGUCAGCUAGUUAACAGUCACUUGAAAUACAACAGAUCUAGUAAGGAUGUGUCGAAACUUGCCUGCUAAAGGUGGAAAGAAGAAUAAAGUAAAAAACCCCAAAGGAAAGAAAAAAUAAAAAAUAAAAGAUUGAGAUGUAGAAAGACUUCAAUAACAUCACAAACGGACACUGUGAUGGGGUUGGGGGUUGGAGGGAAAGAACAUGUUGGUGGGAAUGUCACAUGUGUUGGGGAGGAAGCUUACCAGAGAAUGCACAUGGC